AUGGCGUCUCCAAUACCCUCAAUGAGCGCACUGCGCGUCCUGCGACAAUCGAUACAGCCUCAAGUACGCCAGACGAACCAAGUACGACACGCGACGCUUCUCCGCCGACCCAAGCGACCCUACACCUUCACCCAACUCGUGACCCUCUCUGACGGCAGCUCCUUCACCCUACGAACCACAAACCCACAGCCCGUAUACAAGAGCGCAAAGGACCAACGGAACUCGCCGCUAUGGAACCCGAGUUCACACAAACUACUCAAUGUCGAGGAGGAUGAGGCUGGAAAAUUGGCGGCUUUCAGAACAAAGUUCGGACGAGGAUGGGAUGCGGAGACUGAUGCCGAGAAGGGCAAGCAGACAGAAGACCAUCUGCUCGAUCUUAUCAGCAGCCAGGGCAAACCGCCAGGAAAACCGACCGAUGCCACCAAGACACCACCUGCGAAAGCGCCUGCAUCGACGCCUGUGAAACCGGCCGCGAAGAAAUAA